AUGGAAAAUUUUCAAACUACUUUCAACUCCAACACCACCUCAGCAAAUGAAGCAUUGAAGAGUCUGGGCUCUUUCUUCAAAACCGAGGAGACUAAACUGCAAGAGAUUCGCACUGGUCUGAAAACUGAUCAUGAAUCAUUUCAAGCCACUCUCCCGUCUCAGGUUUCACAGCUUAAAGACGAACUUCUAAAGGAGACUAACCUCAAGGACUCUCUCACACUCAAGUCAGAAGAAGCCAAGGUGUUGAGUACCAAACUGGAAGCUUUGGAGCAGCAGGUCAAUGAUCUGUUAUCUGAGACGGAAGACAUGCGAAGUUGUAUAACUGAUGUUACUGGCAUGCUCUCUGAUAUCAUUGAGACCAGGGACUCCAUGAUCACCAUCACAAUGCGUAAGCAUCUGGUAGAAAAUUUAAGGCCAGUCUUCGCAAUGCCUCACCGCGUUGAAGGUGUUUCUGAUCAAUCCUUUCAUCGAAAACAAGGGGGAGAAGGCGUGGUUGGUGGAUCACGAAAAGAAGAAGCCAAAGCUCCUGUCAAGCUUGUUGUCAAGAAAGAACCCAAGCUCAAGGAAAAAUUGUUCAGUGACGACCCAAUUCUUCAUAAUGAAGAAGAAGAAGAGCCUGAUCGAAAAAUUCAUGGAGCUGAACUGGAUGAGCACCAACGAAUCAUUCAUGAAGCUGAAGAAAAAGAAAGGGCUGAGUAA